AUGCAUAAAUUUACUUUGGUACAAUUCGCCGACUCCAUCUACAGUUUGACAUCGAUUACUGCAGAGUAUGCUGUAUUAUAUCUGGAUACGGUGCAGGGUCUUCUCCAAGAGGAAGUAGAUACAAAGGGAGAAUAUCUAGCAGACUUCUUGAUUGAAGUCUCCCACGUAACAGAUUUCAUCGUGUCCAAAUUAGAGGAGCAGACAAACAGCCCUGAGUUUGAACUUAUAACGUUUGGCUAUGUGCUGGUAAACAUCACAGAGUUACAGAUGCAGGGAAUCAGUCAUGUGACCUGUCGUCCAGGACAAACAGUCGGCUGUUCCCUCAGUGCUAUCAAGGCAGUACCAUUAGUGAAUGCCACAGAGGAGUAUUUACUACGAACCUUAUUACUGAUCGUCUCCUCCCCAACAACAUCCGAGAUUACCCUUGCAGGGGCCAAUAUGUCUGCCAUAGCAACAGAAAUUCCCCUGUACGCUGUGACGUCACGUCCAAGGAUAUGCAGCAUUCUCAGCAUCCCAGCUUUACACGAUGACGCCCUGACAACGAUGCCCAUCACCAGUAAAGUUUACAUAUUUGUUCUCUCCAGUCGAACCAACAUGUAUGGCUUUUUAGAUGAAGACACUGAUUUAAACGCAGGGACUGUAAGGUCAUUCGCAAGAGAUUUCGAAGGGCGCAUGCUGGAGAUAUUCAAGGAAAUCAACCUUUUUAUAGAAGCGAAGUACAAUCCGUCAAACCAACCUCCGAGUAAACAGGAUCCAGCGGAAACAGGUUUCAAUGUCACUUCAAAAAUUGAGUCUGAAACAGAUGGUGGUGCAUUUACAAUUACACUGGCGUCCCUGCAGAUUUGUACAACAUACAUUCAGGAUGUUUCUGGCGGGUUCGCCUAUCAGAUUCAAACAGAAGGUACUGACACACUGUUAGUCAAUACGUCACCCAACACGACGCACGCCAGCUUCGCUAACCAAACGCUGUCUCUUGUGUUAUAUCCACCCAUUGGUCCGAUGGAGAUCAACGUUCUCUGCGAGUCCUGUAUGCAGACAGCCGACAUCGUUUUUCUCGCUGAUUCAUCUGGAAGCGUUGGAACAUUGAACUUUAUUAAAAUUUUAGUUUUUAUGACUUCUCUUGUGGACCGUCUCGAUAUAGGACCUGAUCGCGUUAGAAUUGGGCUAGUGACCUUUGGACUCGGCACACAGUUUCAGUUUCACCUUGAUACUUAUAACACUUCAAGUAACAUCACAAACGCGAUAGAUCAAGUGACUUAUGAUCGAGGUAGCAGCACAGAAACCCAUCUUGGACUGCAAUACGUCAGACUGAAUAUGUUUCCACCAGAGACAGCAAGACAUGGAGUACAAAAACUACUUAUUGUAAUAACAGACGGAAAGUCUUCAGAUGCAACUGCUACAGUUCAAGAAGCUAACGCAGUGCGAGCCGCUGGGAUAGAAAUCGUAGUGGUAGCCAUAGGACUGGCAAACCUUACCGAGGUGAACAACAUUGCUGAUGACCCGGAUGAAUUCCACACGUUUGCGACAGAGAAUUUUGAUGACCUAAAUUACUUGAGCUCUCAAGUUAUAGACAAACUCUGUAAAGGAAUGUGGCAUAAUGCCUCAUCUCAAGGACAGUUCAAUCUCUUAUCUGGCUACUUAAUGGAUGAAUCAACUAUGACAUGGAAAAAAUCACCUGCACUACAGUUAAAAUCAAUGGAACAGAACGCCGCUGUUUUCAAGAGUAAUUUCUUUGGAUCUUUCGGUUUUGACUUAUUUGGAGAUACUCCCGAACUGAUCAGAUUUGACGAAGUGUUCACUAAUUUUGACGAGAAAAUUGCUGAAAAUCCCUACGUACUGGCAGUUAAUUGUGUUCUCCUAGGAGCGCUUAUAGUAGGCAGUGUCAUUCUCAGGCGAUUUGACAAGAAGGAUGAAAAUCAGUGGCAGUAUAAACCGCUGGAUGACAACCCAGAUAAUGCGGACAAUGUUUAUUUCAUCUCUGUCCACACUGGACUAUGGUCACCUUCAGUCUUCAUGUCUACCCCUUACAUUAUCCUAGAUGGCAGUUGUGGCACUUCCGGUGUACGUGCACUUAAGGCGGGAGCUUUUCAGAACAUUUUAAGGUGGAAAUAUUCUAACUUCGCCAUGAACACGUAUCAAACACUGGGUCCAUUGGUUAGCAUUAAGAUCUGGCAUGACGAUCAGUCGGCUCGGCUACACAUUGACAAAAUUCUUAUCGCUGACGGAUACACAGGCAGAAGGUACGUCUUUCUUUGUGACCAAUGGCUAGCAUCAGAUAGAUCGGACGGUUGCACAUACCGGACACUCUAUCCAGCAGAAAAAGAACUCCUGGACGGGAAAACACUAUUCGAAAGUGUCACUAGAUUCAAUUUCUUUGACGAAUACCUUUGGUUGUCAUUAUUCGGUCGACCAUCAUUCAGCCGCUUCACCCGUGUGCAGAGGUUGUAUUGUGUGAGCUCCUUGCUAUCACUCUCCAUGUUGGGCAGUGCCAUGUGGUUCAAUAGCGGAAAUGAAAGGCCAUCUUACGGAGUCAAACUAGGAUUCUUUGAACUGAACUACAAACAAAUCUAUGUUGGGAUUAUGUCCGCCCUAAUGUCAUUCCCGGCAGCU